UUGAAUGUUUUGAAUUUUCGUUUGUUUUCAUUAGUUAGAUAGGUUAUGUUAUUGUUAAAAGUAUUUAUGUAUUUUAAUAUUUAGUUUCAUUCAGUUGCUUUAACUUUUCUCUUAUAUUGCAAGAUGAGUGAUAAAAGUAAGAGAUAAUGAUGUCUAUUUAUUUUGAUUGUAACUCCAGAUAAGACUAUUGAAGAAAAUGUCGUCUUUUGAAAAUCUAUCGUCAACACAAAAAAUUCGCGCGGCUUUGCACCGGGAUGUGCGAACUAUUGGCUCGGAAACUUGCCAUUUCCUUGGUCUGGAGAUAACAAAGCCAGCUGUGGAAAUUGUUGCAGAACUUGUUUAUAAGAAACUGGCAGUGUACGGCGCCGAUUUGGAAGCUUUUGCAAAGCACGCCAAACGUUCUACAAUCACCGCUGAUGACGUCAAACUCCUUGUGAGAAGGUGUCCUUCCUUGAAAAGUCGGCUGGACGCUAUAACACCGAGUCCUAAAGAAAAACGAAGAAAGACUGUAGUAGGUAAGCCAUCAGAAACACCAGUAUCAAAACAAAGAGUGCUAGAAAACACAAAUGCCAAGCAAAAAGACCCUGAACCGUCGACGUCGAAGCAAAAUGUUGCAGAAAAUUUGAAACAAGAUGAAAAAGAGAAUGAAACAGCGAACUUCGAUAAUAUGGAUAUUGAUGAUGAUAAUAUGAUUGAUUUAACGUUUGAUUAAAACUCUUUCUGUAA